GUGACUUGUACAUCAUCCAAAACUUCUUCUGCGCUCCAACCAUGUAUUUUAUAUUCUGAUAUCUCAUGUCACUUUCAAUCCAUUUAAAGAAAUGAGAAUAUAUUAUUCAACUUUGUUCUCAUUAAUUUGGAAUUUACCAAGAAACUCUCAUAGAAUUGUUAUUCUGCCAUAGUAAAUUUCCCACCAGUUUGCCACUUGUGUGGUUUUGCCUAAAUUCUUUGUCACGUAAAAAGAAAAGUAAAGAUUUUAUCAUUCUCUUCACAUGUCAAUGGUAUUUUCAAUGGUUUGUCUAGAAUGUCCGCAGAAAUUCGAGAGACAUUUUGGUAAUUUGGUGCAUUGUGGUGUGGGAGGAAGCCACGUUUGUUUCUCAUUCUCAUGCAAACCAGUUGACACACUCUGUAGAUGUACCCGGAAGAGGCAAAAAUUACUCAAACAAGAGAACCCAAGUCACCCAUUUUGACUGGGAAGCCGAAUGAGGACGUGGUGCCAAAUUUUUCAGCGUCCACCUAAUUCACAGCCAGCUCCUUCCCCUUUACCUCCACCUUCUCCUAAGGUCGUUAUCCCAAAGUUCUCAGACGUGCUUGCAUUCAGUGGGCCAGCACCAGAGAGAAUCAACGGCAGGAUAGCAAUGGUGGGAUUUGUUGCAGCUCUGGCAGUGGAACUAUCCAAGGGCCAGGAUGUAUUUGCUCAAAUAUCCAACGGUAGAAUCCCAUUGUUCCUUGGCAUCAGUAUUUUGCCAUCUGUGGCCUCCUUGGUUCCUCUGUUGAAAAAGGUGAGUGUUGAGUCGAAAUCAAAAGGGGGGAUGACCUCAGACGCUGAGCUGUGGAAUGGAAGGCUGGCCAUGUUGGGACUCGUAGCUUUGGCCUUCACUGAGUAUGUGAAGGGUGGAACCCUAGUGUAG